CAGCUUUGGAUCCCCCAAAAUGGACGAGAAGAAGUCCUUCACGGAAAGAAUCCUGCCUACGGGCUCUUCCAAACACAACCCUCUACUGAUCCCGCAUGCCGCUCCGCAGCGGCAUCGGAGUCGCCGUCCGGCGCUGCGUCGAGCCAGCCAUUUUGCUCUCGGCGCACUUUCUGUUCUCUCUCUGCUUCAUUUUCUGGCCCCUUAUGGUUUCCUGCCGCGAGAAACUGGUUCAAUCUGGUCUUUUUUCCCCGGAGCCAAUGUCCUCCCUCACGAGUUGUGGCCGCAGAGCAUCGGUAUCUCAUAUAAGGAACUCCAGGGUAUUCUGCACGACACACCCUCUGCAGAUUCCAUCCGUGACUUCAGCGGUUACUACACAGCUGGGCCUCAUCUCGCUGGUAAGAACUUCAGCCAAGCGCUCUGGACUCAGCAAAAGUGGCAGGAAUUCGGCAUCAAGGAUACCGAGAUCGUCGCGUACGAUAUUUACCUAAACUACCCACUGGAUCACAGGCUAGCGCUCCUGAAGCAGCAGACCGAAAAGUCGACUGGGGUGACUACGACCACGGUCACUUUUGAGGCGACUCUGGAGGAAGACGUGCUCGAUGAGGACCACACGAGUGGUCUGCCUGAUCGGGUUCCGGUGUUCCAUGGUUAUUCGGCCAGUGGGAAUGUUACGGCGCCGUUCGUUUUUGCCAAUUUCGGCACGUACGCGGAUUACGAUGCCCUCAUAAAUGCCAAUAUUAGUGUCGAGGGGAAGAUUGUGAUUGUCAAAUACGGUGGUGUCUUCCGUGGGUUGAAGGUGAAGCGCGCGCAAGAGCUGGGCGCCGUAGGUGUUAUUAUCUACACUGACCCCGAGGAAGACGGGGAGAUUAUCGAGGAGAAUGGUUACAAGCCUUAUCCUGAGGGUCCCGCGAGGAACCCAAGCUCUGUGCAGAGAGGUAGCACGCAGUUCUUGAGCAUAGCCCCUGGAGAUCCGACAACGCCUGGAUAUGCGUCCAAGCCUGGAGUCCCCAGGCAAGAUCCUCAUGGCUCGAUCCCAUCGAUUCCAUCCCUUCCAGUAUCGUACCAGGAGAUCUUGCCUUUCUUGAAGGCCCUCAACGGUCAUGGUCCCAAGGCAUCCGAAUUCGGCGACAGUUGGCAAGGCGGUAAACUUGGGGACAAGGGAGUUGAAUACAACAUCGGCCCCUCUCCAGAUGACGUGGUUAUCAACCUUUAUAAUCUGCAGGAAUAUACCACGACACCAUUGUGGAAUGUCAUUGGUGUGAUCAAGGGACAUAUCCCUGACGAGGUUGUCAUUCUGGGUAACCACCGCGAUGCCUGGGUUGCUGGCGGUGCGGGAGAUCCAAACAGCGGAUCGGCCGUGCUGAACGAGGUUAUUCGCGGCUUUGGCGAGGCUCUCAAGGCCGGGUGGAAGCCACUCCGCACCAUCGUCUUUGCCAGCUGGGACGGAGAGGAAUACGGACUGCUCGGCUCUACCGAGUGGGUCGAGGACAAGCUCCCCUGGCUCUCCAAGGCUAAUAUCGCAUACCUCAAUGUGGAUGUGGCCGCGGUGGGAACGCAGUUCUCUCCCAGUGCGAGCCCCCUCCUGAACAAGGUCAUCUAUGAAGCUGCUGAACUGGUCCAGUCACCGAACCAGACCGUCAAGGGACAGACCGUCCGGGACCUUUGGGACGGCAAAAUUAGAACCAUGGGCAGUGGUAGCGACUUUACUGCAUUCCAGGAUUUCGCAGGCGUGGCCAGCUUGGACUUUGGCUUUGGCAGGGGACCUAAAGAUGCCGUGUACCACUACCACUCGAAUUACGACAGCUUCGAUUGGAUGGACCGGUUUGGUGACCCUGGAUGGCUUUACCAUGUGGCAACGACCAAGCUCUGGGCCUUGACGGCAGCCAAACUGGUCGAAACGCCAGUGCUCGCCUUCAGUGCAGCUGACUACGCCGCGGGUCUGGGCGAGUAUCUGGACCGCAUCAAGCCCGUAGCAGAGAACUUGCCAGAUGGCUUUGAUUUUUCGGUGCUGGAGUUCUCCAUUGCUCGGUUCCGCGUCGCUGCGGAAGAGUUCGACUCCUAUGCUGCAGAGCUGAGCUCGCAACUGGAGGAGGAUCUUCCCUGGUACCUCUGGUGGAAGAAGAUCAAGCUGCUGCUGCAGGUCCGGGAGGUCAAUGCCAAGUACAAGGCUAUUGAACGCCAGUUCCUGUACCAGCCUGGACUUGACGGACGGCCGUGGUUCAAGCACGUUGUGUUCGCACCUGGUCUGUGGACGGGAUACGCGGGCGCGACCUAUCCUGGCUUAGUCGAGAGCUUUCAGGUGGGAGAUCAGGUUAAUGCAGAGAAAUGGAGCACUAUCAUCCAGGAGCGGAUUGGUGAUGCUAUUGAGCUUCUUCAAUAGUGCAUGACCUCACAGUUUGGCAGUGAGAGUGUAAUGGAAUUGUUUUGGAGAUUUUGGCUAUACGCUAUAUACAUGAGAUGACGACUGGAUAUUAGAUAGAUGAUUUGGAGUGAUAUAUGUCACUAUACAGACUUUUUAUGCUAAAAUCACAAAGACAUCCCUCUUCUGGAUGCCACUGCUUUCAUGAAAGGGAAAGCCUUGAACCUGUCUAGAAUAAAAAGUACAUAUGCAACUGAUGAGUGAGCCUCGG